GCGGCCCAUUUUUUAUUAACCCGUUCGUUCAUUAAGCAGGGAAAGGUGACUAAGCAGGGAAGAAAAGCGGGACGGGAAGGUGACUAAGCAGGGAAGAAACCCUAGAAAUGGCCGAGAAAUUGGCUCCGGAGAAGCGUCACAGCUUCAUCCAUGGAGGUCAAAAGGUUUUCGAGUGGGAUCAAACGCUUGAGGAGGUAAACAUUUACAUAACUCUUCCUCCGAACGUUCCUUCAAAGCUGUUUUACUGCAAGAUUCAGUCCAAGCACGUUGAAGUUGGGAUUAAAGGCAACCCUCCAUAUCUUAAUCAUGAAAUCACCUGUCACGUGAAGACUGAUUCUUGUUUUUGGACCAUAGAGGAUGAUACCAUGCACAUAACACUGCAGAAGAGGGACAAAGGUCAGACAUGGCCGUCUCCUAUAUUAGGCCAGGGUCAGCUAGAUCCUUAUGCCACUGAUCUUGAACAGAAGCGCCUCAUGCUGCAGAGAUUUCAGGAAGAGAACCCAGGUUUCGACUUUUCACAGGCUCAGUUUACAGGGAACUGUCCUGAUCCAAGGACAUUUAUGGGAGGGAUCCACUCUGGUUGACAAUUAUGGAUUAUUUAUAAACAAAGUUCAAAAGAAAAGGAAUGGAAAGCACAAGGACUCAAGUGCCACAUUUAUAUGUAGAAUGAUCUAAAGGAAGUUCAAAGCAACACCAACAUGAGUAAAGUGUAUGUGGGAACUUAAAGCUAACUCAAGCUCAAGUCAAAAGGACAUGAAGCAAAAUACCAUGGAAGACUUGAAAAAUAGAGUUUUGGGCUUUAAGACCAAUAUUGUAAGUAUUUCAUGUUUAAAUAUCUCAUGAAAUAUUUUGAAACUUUUUUGGGUUAAUUAUGGACUUAGAGACCUUAUUUCAAAUUUCAGAAAAUGUUUUAUAAGUAAUCAAAGUAAGAGAGCAAAAAGAACUUUUGAAGACAAAACUGAAAAAUCAAAAUAUGGUCUAUCCAGACGACUAAGGUGUACGUCCAGAAGACUGAAGAGUUGCCUCAGAAGACUAAAGUUUAACUUCAGUGUACUAAAGAAUUUCUUCAGAAGAUUGAAGAAUAAGUUCAGUUUGCUGAAGAUUUUCCUGUUGAAACACAGAAGAAGCAGUAUAGCCUUAGAAGACUAAAUCCUUCAGUUUAGUUGUUUGACCCUGUAUCCCGUUCAGAUUUUUCAAUGUUUUAAAAAUACUUCAGAAGACUAAACCUGACACUUCAGUCUACUGAACACUGUUAACGGUUAGAUAUUUUAAAUGUUUUAAAAUUCAUGUAAAGGUUUUUUGUGACCCAAAUUUUAUGAAUACUUGGGAAAUACUCCGAGUAAUCUUGAGCAACAUGAAAUUACUUUUGAGAGCC